GAAAUUGACAUCAAGUGCAAACGUCGCAGCUCGCCUGUUUUGUGGAUUCAUUCACGUGACAUUCGCAAUGCCAGCCGAAGGCACUUUGACAAAAAAAAUAAAAAAUAUGUCAGGCCAUUUGAUAUGCGUCAUUCCUUGACUAUCCUUUUUAUAUGACCUCCGCCCCCAGCCUUACUGGAUUCCAAGUGCAUCAAGGACUCGGGGUCUUCCUAUUUUGGCGAGGCCAGAAGGUUUGUGAGAAAGAACACCCAUCCUGUCGAUGCCUCACCUCUUAAAAACGCUUGCAUGCACGUGCAGACGGCAGAGUGUUCUUUGUGCAUGACAGCAUGUCGCUGUGCGUCUUCCACCGUGGUCUGAUGAUGGUCUGCUUGAUGGGCUGUUGCUGCUGCGUCGUCCUGCCCGACUCUCCUGGGUUGCAGCCGGGAGCCACCGUGACAGCCACGAAGAGGCCGGCGUCCAUCAAAGAGGCAGGAGAAAGGAGCCUCACACUGGUGCCAACACGCUCCACGGUGGCCUCCCUUGUGCCUCCGAAGAGCACAGCGUGCUUCCUGGAAGACGUGCUGGCCGCCAUGCGAGAGGCUCUCGAGGACGACGGCCAGCUGACGCCAGGCGGCGCCUCCUUAUUCGGAAUGUGCGCGGCUUCUAGGAGUCUAGCGGUCUUGAUGGGUCUGGCGAAGGAUGCAAAGAGGAACCUUGGCAGUACAGUGGAGCUCCUGCAUCCCACUGAAGUGAUUUUAGUGGAGGAGGAGGAUGAUCGGGAAGCACUGAUUCUCGACUUUCACAUUCCACAAUCCCCUUUGCUCCAACACAAGUUUGUUCUGCUCUUGGCAUUGGAAAGUCCCUUCAGUGGAGACGACUCGGACCAGAUCACCUUCACCAGUCAGUCUCUGCUACCCAACACACAGGUUGUGUGCAUGUCAGAAGGAACGCAAUAUGUUCUACUGACAGGACAAACAUCCAUGGAACACCAAAGAUGGAUGCUCUCCAUUGACUCCAAAUCCCCUAAUAUGAAGAAAAGGAUGAAAGAACUCCUUACGGAUGGAAAUAUAAGAAGAAGCAACGUGACUCCAGUUCUUCUUUUCUCUCUUGAAGAGGAUAUCAGCACCAAAGUUUCCGGCUUAUCACAGCCAAGCUCCUUCUUGUGUGAGCUGCGCCGCUUCCUGAGUGAUUCCCUUCCUCACAAGAGUCCGCACGCUCCUCCACUGAGGCGGGAGUCUCUGCACGCUCCGCCCCCCAUCAGCCUGGAUCUCUCCUCCAGUGAGUCCGUGUUGGCGGAACUCAUCAACUCGUCAGCCCAGACCGUCUUCUCCUUCACGGGCCCCACGUAUCACGUCCACUGGGGAGAGCUGGCCAUGCCUCCCGGCCUGCUGGAUGAGCUCAGGCACGGUUUGGAGCAAACCCUUUUGCAGAUCAGGGAGGUUUUACGAGACAAGGAUAACGGCCAGAGGAGCAUCAAGAGGCUCCAGAGGCUCUGGGAGCUUUGCGACUUUCCCAUGGUGGACCCGGCAAAAGGUGAAAGCCAGUACUGCGCGUUCCUCCUGUUGAAGGCCAUGAAGACGGUGGGUCGCGAGAUGUUGCCGCAACUGCGGGCCACCCGUGCGGAACCCAGACCCACGGCCAGGGAAGCCACGUGCCGCCUGAGGAGCCUCACGGUCUCCCUGGAGCGUUUCGUGGUGGGUCCCAACACGGCCAACAUCAACAACUGCCACGGCCAGUGCGCUUUCCCGCUGGAGAAGACCGUAAACCACGCCGUGUUGCUCAACGCGCACAUUGAGAGCGGCAACGUCCACGAGCGGUCGCCGUGCUGCGUGCCUUUCGCUUACGAGUCCCUGGAGGUGGUGGACUUGAACGAACAUGGCACGCUUUUCUUCACGCACCCAGAUAUGGUCGCAAAGGAGUGUGGUUGUCGCUAAUGCUAAAGCUAAUAGACACAUACUGGUGUGCACUUGACUUAGUGACCACAAACACCGUUCUCUGAGCGAAUUCUUUUAUUGACACUUAUUUAUUCACAAAUUUGACACUCUGGCACAUAUA